UUCUUGCCUCAAAACCGCUACGUUACGAGUAGUUUAAACCAUCGCAACUUUGAGGAGACGUACUACUUUUUAUUUUAUUUCUCCAACAAUGGGGGACAUCGAGGCUCCCAACUCGAAUCGGGCGCGCCAGACUGUCCUGCUUUCUGUUCUUCCGAGCAAAGAGUUCGCCACUUCCAGGAAGGGAAUGCUGCUUAUUGCUGAAGUGGCUCUGUCCUUCAUAUCAUUUGUGUGCUUUGCGGCAUCCACGGCGGCAGCCUUUGUGACGGUUCCGGUGCUGGAGUUCCUGGCCGCGCUCUUCUUGUUGUUUGCUUACUCCACCAAAUUCAAUGAGAGGUUUAAAGGCUUCCUCUGGCCUCUUAUGGAUUUUAUGAGAUGUGUGAGUGCCUCCAUUAUCUUUUUCAUCAUCUCCAUAAUGGCAGUGUCCAAAUAUGUGGACGGUUCCUCAAAGGCUGCUGGGAUAUUCGGCUUUAUUGCCACCAUUGUUUUUGCUUUAGAUUUUUAUCUAAUUUUCAAUGAGCUGGCCAGUUUCCUAAAGCAGGGAGGGGAAUCCAGUGACGAACCAUCAAGACAGCAAGAUGAUUCUUCAGACUCUGACUCAGAUUGAAACCACAGGGAUCCGAACCAGCAGAUAUGUUUUGAGCAAAUCAUUGUGGGAGAACUGACACUUCUGAGCCGCCAUCUGCAAAGACCUGCAAGUGUUUCUUUGUUCCACAAGGUUACAUUAAAAGUGCAUCCACAUUACAUGAAGUUUACAACAUAAUGCAAAAUCAGUUCUUUUUCAUGCCCAAACUCAUAUCUCAGUUUCUUAUAAUGAUUUAGGGGGAAAAAUGUAAAUGCCACUAUCAACCCGGUACUUUCAUUAAACUGUGAAAUUGUUCCAUUUUGUUACUCUGUACGAAAUAUGGGCAAAGCUUCAGGCACAUGCAUGCGUAUAAAUCUGAAAAAAAUAUUAAUAAGAAUUUUGGGGAAUUUACUGUGACCCUGUUUAAAAACAGGUCAAACUAGAACACUAAAUUAAUCGCCUCAGAGAACAAAUGCGCUAAUAAUGAAGUUGUGUUGUAACAAAAAUGCUCCCACCCUUUUUAUAUGAAAAUGUUGAAGAAAAAAUGUGACAGGAGGCCGACAUAAGUGGGGUAUCAUCAUUUAUAAACUUAUAGUAUUACUGUAGAAAAACACAUGUACAGUAUAUAGAAGACUGGUUGGCUGGUUACAACCUCUGUCCACUUGUCUUAACUCUACAAGACCGUAUUUUUAAUAAUUUGAGGAUGUCUUCUUACCUUCUGUUUAAUUUGACCUUUGAGUUUCUGUGACAUGUUGUACUGCAUGACUUUUCAGGGUUGUGACAUUGUUUAUAUGUCCCAAAUGCCUUAUGUUUAAGUGUGAUCAUGAAUUGAGGCAACAGAAAUUAUGCUUUUUUUUCCAAACAUGCUUAAUUAACCCAAAAUUUGAGACUCUCUGCUUGAAUGUUUCAGUUUGUCUGCUGUAUGUACUUCUUACAACCUGUUUGCAUAUGUACAAUGAUGCAUUGAAGCCACUUAAUGCAGUAUUACUUCGAGACAUUCUAAACAUCAGAUAUGUAAAUCAUUGUGCUUUGGAAACCAGUCUUGUUUGUGUCAAGCAUGUGCUUGUGUGUGUGUGUUUUUUUUUUUUUUUGUCAAUUUCUGUAUGUAUCUUUGAUUCUUCUGUUUCUCCACUGCCACUACUGAAAAAUUAGACGCACUAGAAAGCCA